AUGAAGAAACUAAUCGAUUCCAAACAAUAUAAAGAAGCUCUAGAUCUUUUCGAUCAACAAACUGAGAUAUGUAAUAAUUUUACUAUUGAUAUGGCAAUAAAAGCAUGUACAAUAUUGAAUGAUUACAAACGUGGUAUUACUAUUCAACAAAAGCUUUCAUCAAAUUCAUUGAAUAAUCCUUAUAUUCAAACAUCAUUAAUUCGCUUUUAUAUGCAACGUCAUGAUAUCGAUAAUGCAACUCGUCUAUUCUCUACAAUUACAAACAAAUCCCAUUAUAUCUAUACAGCUAUGUUCAAAGGUCUAAUGUCUAAUAACAUGCCAGACAAGGUGCUUGAUUUAUUUAAUGAAAUGACAAUUGAACCUAACAAUUUUACUCUUACUAUUUUAUUUAAUGCAUGUGGUGAACUUGCCAAUGAUCGAGCGAUGAAGAUAGGAAAAAAACUUCUUGAUGAAAUGCAUGAUAAUUAUCGAAAUGAUAAUAUCUUAUUAACUUCAGCAAUACAUAUGUUGAUGAAAUUUGGUGAUGUUCAAAGUGCUGAACGUGUUUUUCAUUCAAUCAAAAAUAAAGAUAUUAUUACUUAUAAUGCUAUGAUCAAAGGAUAUAUUGGAAAUACAAUGUCAGAAAAAGCUUUAGAUUUAUUUGAACAAAUCCAUUUAAAGUUAGAUUGUGUAACUUAUACUAUUGUUUUUGAUGCAUGUGCUCAACUUGCAAAUGAUCGAGCACUGAAGAUUGGAAGAAAACUUCUUCAUGAAAUGCCUAAUAAUUAUAAAAAUGAUAAUUUCGUAUCAAAUUCAGCAAUACAUAUGUUAAUGAAAUUUGGUGAUGUUCAAGGUGCUGAAUGUGUUUUUCAUUCAAUCAAAAAGAAAGAUAUUAUUACUUAUGGUGCUAUGAUGAGAGGAUAUAUUGGAAAUGAAAUGUCAGAAAGAGCCUUGGAUUUAUUUGAACAAAUCCAUUUAAAGUUAGAUAGUGUAAUUCACACUAUAGUUUUUAAUGCAUGUAGCCAACUUGCAAAUGAUCGAGCGAAGAAGAUUGGAAAAAAACUUCUUCAUGAAAUGCAUGAUAAUUGUCGAAAUGAUAAUGUUGUAUUAACUUCAGCAAUACAUAUGUUAAUGAAAUUUGGUGAUAUUCAAAGUGCUGAACGUGUUUUUCAUUCAAUUAAAGAGAAAAAUAUUAUUACUUAUGGUGCUAUGAUGAAAGGAUAUAUUGAAAAUGAAAUGUCAGAAAAAACCUUAGAUUUAUUUGAACAAAUUCAUUUAAAGUUAGACACUGUAACCUAUACUAUAGUUUUUAACGCAUGUAGUCAACUUGCCAAUGAUCGAGCAAAGAAGAUUGGAAAAAAACUUUUUGAUGAAAUGCCUGAUAAUUAUCGAAAUGAUAAUGUUGUAUUAACUUCAGCAACUCAUAUGUUAAUGAAAUUUGGUGAAGCUGAAAGUGCUG